AAACCUUGAAGCUGACGUUGCCCUGCGCAGCACAGCAGCUGUCUUUACCUACUGCAGGUCCAGAGGUUUGUUUGCAGGGAUUUCUCUAGAGGGAUCCUAUCUGAUUGAACGCAAAGAAACAAACCGCAAGUUCUAUGGCAGAGACAUUCGGGCGUCUGCCAUUUUGAUGGGUGACGUUGAUCCUCCCGGAGAGUGCUAUGACCUUUACCACAUUUUGGACCUCUACACUGAGGCCUACACUACCGAUAGGACCAACAAGAGCAUGCGUGCUAAG